CAUACAGACCCCUCGCCAUGAAGGGUUUCACGGCCGCCCUCCUUGUGUGGGCUCUGAUUUCUCCCAGCAGUGGUGGUGGUGGCGGUGUCGGGGAAACCUGGCCCACACACGUGGCCUGCAGGGACGGAGGCUUGGAAGUGCUCUACCAGAGUUGUGAUCCACUACAGGAUUUUGGCUUUUCUGUUGAACAGUGUUACAAACAAUUAAAACCAAAUCUCAGCAUUAGAUUUGGAAUCAUUCUGAGAGAGGACAUCAACAAGCUGUUUCUCGACGUAUCUCUUCUCACCCAGGGAUCCUCUAUUUUGAACCUCUCCUAUCCCGUCUGUGAGGAGGAUUUCCCCAGGUUUUCCUUCUGUGGAAGAAAGAAGGGAGAGCAGAUUUACUAUGCUGGCCCUCUCAAUAAUCCACGAUUUGAUAUUCCUGAGGGAAAGUACCAGGUGUUGCUGGAACUAUAUAAUGAAAACCGUUCUACUGUGGCCUGUGCCAAUGCUACUGUCAUCUGCUCCUGACUGUGGCCUGCAGCAAAUGGCACAGGAAGCUCAGUCUUGUGGGAACUCCAAGCUCCUCAGAUGGAACCUACUGUCUAAGAACCAGCCGAUGACAGAGAGAGACCCUACAGAAAAGUCUCCCAAAGACUGCAGCUACUAAUUUUAGCCCCAGGACCAGAUGUUAAAAUAGAGCCCCCUACACCCUCAUAACGUACGCUAUCUGAUUCUGUAGAAUUGCUUGCUUAACCUAAGUAACUCCAUUUUAUUCCAUCUGACCUGCAGACUAGCCCCCCUUCUGCAUGAGAAACUGUUGACCUUCUCCUAGAAACAAAAGCCGUUGCAUAGAAACAGGAGCCAUACACAGUAAACAAUUACAUG